AUGGCAGAUCAAGGGAAUGAUAAAAAAUCCUGCUAUAAUUGUGUCAAGCGACGUAUCGUCUGUGACAAGACCGAAAAUCAGUGCGGUAAAUGCACAAAAAAGAAUCUGAAAUGCCCCGGGUAUGGUGUAAGAUAUCGCUUUGCCAAAGGGGCGACCAGCUCUAGCCUGCUAUCGGUGUCAUCUUCGGAAGGAGAUCAUACUAGGUCGAAACGACCAAGAAGGCCUUAUAAGUGGAUCGAAUGUUCGAGAGACAAACUAAAGACCACAUCACGAGUUUCAAAGGCGCCGCCAACGGUAAACAGCAUACUGCCAUUCAAUUGUUCGGACACAACGACGACGGUACCAUCUGUGGUAGCUAUCAACCUGGUACUGACAGUUAAAGUUGCUGCGCAUGUAUCUCCCUUCAUGGUACUACUCGACGACGAGACGAAUGGUUACAGACAUCAUAUAUUGCCUGUAGCAUACCAUGAGCCUCUCGUUCAGAAAGCCGUCUGUAUCGCAUCGGCCUUCCAUCUCUCAUCACGGAGGCCACAACUUCGUGCCCCCGCUGAGAUUGUGAGGGCUAGCCUGAUCCGUAAGCUCUCCGAAGCUUCGACGGUGAGCCCCGAUCUAAGCGAGACUACCUGGGCGACCCUUGUUCUUCUGAUAGUGGCCGAUCUCGUGAUCGGCCAUGAGGAUGUCUCGACUCUAUACAAGCUCCUCACCGUGUUUCUCGAAGCCCGAGGGCCCCUGAAAGAACCUGCAACUCAGCUGGAGAAGUUCUUGUAUUUUCAGUCUUGCAUCAUAGGCUUCUUUACGCAGCCCUUUUCUUCCCUCGAAGCUCUACCUGUUCGUCCUCCACGGAUGUCGAGCGAUCCGGUUGCCAUGUUUAAGCGCUACGUGCACGGCCUCGAAAACUGCCAGCAGCAAAAGAACGUUCCGCUACGCAAGGGUUACGUGUUCUCGAGAUACUUCUCCGUGUACGAACAGUUGUUUCGACUCGCGGGGGAGAUAUAUACGACGAGGGCGGAAUCGGAAGCACCCUUACCCAGUCCAGAAUAUUAUAUGGAAGAUCGUGUGCAAGAGAUGAGGAGUCUCUAUGAGAAGCUUGACCCGACCGCACCGGGAUCCCACGUCGUCGUAUGGCCAAUCUUCGUAGCUGCCGCCGAGAGCGUCUCACAGGAUCAUCGAGAAUACUUCACUACGGCGCUAAAGAGAAUAUAUAGCGUGGUAGGUUAUGCGAAUAUAUCGCGCGGGCUUAUGGUUCUCCCUGAGUUGUGGGCUCAACGAAGCAGAAAAAGCUGGACUUCUGCGAUAUUAGAACAUGAGGGUCUUGUCAUAUGUUGA